UUUUUUUUAUCAUUUUCGUGGAAAAAAUGGAAAACACGAGAUAAAAGAUACGAAUUUCAGUGUGAAAUUUAGCGAAAAAUUAUGUAUUUAAUGGAAACUGUCUAUCAAUUAAUCGUCUAAGAUUGUAUAUCGUUCAUUUAUAGCUUAAAUUUGAAUCGAAAUCCGGUCCCAAUCAUGAAGAAAAAAGUUCUGCUGAUGGGGAAAAGUGGUUCAGGAAAGACCAGCAUGAGAUCUAUAAUAUUUGCCAAUUAUAUAGCUCGCGAUACUCGCCGAUUAGGAGCUACAAUCGAUGUUGAACAUUCUCACGUUCGAUUCCUCGGUAAUUUGGUGCUUAAUUUAUGGGACUGUGGAGGACAAGAAGCCUUCAUGGAAAACUACUUUACUAGUCAACGUGAUAAUAUAUUCAGAAACGUAGAAGUUCUCAUCUACGUGUUUGACGUUGAAAGUAGAGAACUAGACAAGGAUAUGCAUUAUUAUCAAAGUUGCCUGGAAGCUAUACUGAAUAAUUCGCCGGAAGCUAAAGUGUUUUGUUUGAUUCAUAAAAUGGAUCUGAUCCAAGAAGAUCAAAGAGAUACGAUUUUUUCUCAACGUGAAACCGACUUGAAGAAAUUAUCGAAACCGAUCGAAUGCACUUGUUUUCGAACUUCGAUUUGGGAUGAAACAUUAUACAAGGCAUGGUCAGCGAUCGUUUACAAAUUAAUUCCAAAUGUUAAAGAUUUUGAAACUAGUCUAACUUCGUUCUGCAAUAUCAUCGAGGCUGACGAAGUGCUUCUGUUCGAACGAGCUACAUUCUUGGUUAUAUCGCAUUGCGAACGUAAACCACAUCGUGAUAUACACCGUUUUGAAAAAGUUUCCAAUAUUAUUAAACAAUUCAAACUCAGCUGCAGCAAAGUUGCAGCUCAAUUCCAUAGCAUGGAAGUUCACAAUUCGUACUUCGGAGCCUACAUCGAUGUAUUUACUCCCAAUACCUACAUCAUGGUUAUCGUUUCCACUCCUAAAAUCCCAUCCGCAGCUUUACAAAUCAACAUAAAUAACGCUCGUAAAUACUUCGAUAAACUGGAACGCGACAGCCAAAUACAGCCGAAUUAUAUCAAGUGACGAAAAUUAUUCAAGGCAAGAAAAGUCAAAUGAAGUUUGCGUUCCUGCCUACGAGUAAGCCAUCGAGGAGUAGAAACUACAUAAAAAAUGGGUUAUUGUGCAACACUGCGAGCUUUUACAUUGGCACGUGCGUUGGAAUCGAGAUUUUUUUUUAUUCUACCAUAUUAUUAUUAUUCAAUUUAGUUUUAAAAGUUAUUUCCAAUUUUUUUAUUUAUCAUUUUUUUUUUGACAUGGUUUAAAAAAUUAUACGCAUUUAUCGAUCGAAA